CCCGGUGACACACUAGCUUUUUUGCAGAGCUCCUUCGGGCUUGUAGUAAACGUCGCUACUAAUCUGGUGAGAGCGGAACCCGAGCCAUCUCUCUGCAAACUGCUCUGCAAAAAGUCCGGAAAAGUUUAUAAAUUUUGCAGAGGCUGCUAGUACUUUGUGGUGGUAUAAUAUUUUGUCAUUAUGAGAUGACGUCUCUCGGUGCUUCCUUUGUGCAAAUUAAAUUCGACGACUUGCAGUUUUUUGAAAACUGUGGCGGAGGAAGUUUUGGGAGCGUUUAUCGAGCCCGAUGGAUAUCCCAGGACAAGGAGGUGGCUGUAAAGAAGCUGCUCAAAAUAGAGAAGGAGGCAGAAAUACUCAGCGUCCUCAGUCACAGAAAUGUUAUCCAGUUUUAUGGAGUAAUUCUUGAACCUCCGAACUAUGGUAUCGUAACAGAAUAUGCUUCCCUUGGCUCACUAUACGACUACAUUAACAGUAAUAGAAGUGAAGAGAUGGACAUGGAGCAUAUUAUGACCUGGGCAACAGACGUAGCUAAAGGAAUGCACUAUUUACAUAUGGAGGCUCCAGUCAAGGUGAUUCACAGAGACCUCAAGUCAAGAAAUGUCGUUAUAGCUGCUGAUGGAGUAUUAAAGAUCUGUGAUUUUGGCGCCUCCAGGUUUCACAACCAUACAACUCACAUGUCCUUAGUGGGCACUUUCCCAUGGAUGGCUCCUGAAGUUAUCCAGAGUUUGCCAGUGUCUGAAACCUGUGACACAUAUUCCUAUGGUGUGGUUCUCUGGGAGAUGCUAACAAGGGAGGUCCCCUUUAAAGGUUUGGAAGGAUUACAAGUAGCUUGGCUUGUAGUGGAAAAAAAUGAGAGAUUAACCAUUCCAAGCAGUUGCCCCCGGAGCUUUGCUGAGCUGAUGCGUCAGUGUUGGGAGGCUGAUUCAAAGAAACGACCGUCAUUCAAGCAAAUCAUUGCAAUUCUGGAGUCCAUGUCAAAUGACACUAACCUUCCAGACCAGUGUAACUCGUUCUUGCACCACAAGGCAGAGUGGAGAUGUGAAAUUGAAGCAACUUUAGAGAGGUUAAAGAAACUGGAGCGCGAUCUGGGCUUUAAAGAGCAGGAGCUUAAGGAAAGAGAGAGGCGUUUGAAGAUGUGGGAGCAAAAGUUGACGGAGCAAUCCAACACUCCUCUUUUCUUACCUCUUGCUGCAAGAAUGUCUGAGGAGUCUUAUUUUGAAUCUAAAACAGAGGAAUCAAACAGUGCAGAGAUGUCAUGCCAAAUCACAGCAGCAAGUAACGGGGAGGGAGAUGGCAUGAACCAAAGUCUGCAGGCCAUGAUGAUGAUGGGCUUUGGGGAUAUCUUCUCAAUGAACAAAACAGGAGCUGUCCUGCAUUCUGGGAUGCAGAUAAACAUGCAAGCCAAGCAGAAUUCUUCCAAAACCACUUCUAAGAGGCGGGGAAAGAAAAUCAACAUGGCCCUGGGGUUGAGUGAUUUUGACGUGUCAGAAGGUGACGAUGAUGGUGACGAUGAGGACAGUAGUGAAUGAAAGCAGAAAUCCAGAAAACCUUUCAAUCCGAAAGCCAAGCAGUAACACUUAAGAUGUUGAGAAAUACACAAACCUGAUGUCUUGGUCUGUAUGAAAACCUGUAAAUGAAGCAGAAAACCAAACAUGAUUUUCAGGCCAGUCACGUUUGUAAGGCAGCAUUUUCUGCUUAAGAGUACAGUGAAAUUUAUUUUUGCUUAAUGAAAUUUUGAAAUAAAAUUUAAAAAACUUUAAAAAGAUGCAUUUUAAGUUUGUUUUAAUGAGGUGCCUGAUUACAGAAAUUUUGGUAGCUGAGGACAUUGUAGUGUGUUUUAAACACUCUACUUCCCUUUUACUACUGAUCAGAGAUACUUGUGUUUCAACAAGGUUUCUUGAGUCCCAUUUCUUAUUCCAUUCUGAUUUCACUCCAAGUAAAAGAACAAACAAGCAUUUCUGCUGUUGGGUUUAUUUCUAUGGCUGCAGAAUGCAACACGUGGAGAAUGAGAGAUGAGGGAGAGAGGCUUGUUUCAAACAUGGAUCUUUAGUCAUAGCCAAAUACAGAAAAUUACCACUAGUAUAGCUUUCUGAUGAGCAUCUUGUAAGUUUGAAAAAUUGCUGCUUUAAAAGAGGACCUGAGCAGUUUUAGCAAUAACUUGCAACAGAAAAAGAGUCUUAUUGGAAACUGACAACAGAUGUUGCAGCCCUGGGCCCAUUAAUAAUGCCCAAGAACCUGAAGGUUAGGUGGUUGUACUUUGUACAAAAGAAAGGUGCAUGUUAAAGGAAUGGCUUCAGCCUGUUGGAGCUUUCCUUAAAUGUGGCCCUACUUCAAAUGGUCACUAGAUUGGUAGGAGUUAUUAAUCCUGGAUUGUAAAUGAAUACAUUUUUAAAAGGAAAUUCUCUCUCACUGUUGUAGAACAAAUGUCCAGGGAAAGAAUUCCCACUUAGAGAAAGUAACUACAAAUAUUGGACGUAAAUCUUGUUUGCUAUUCUGCAGCACAUGGUCAUGUACAUAGCGUAUUUCUUAGCUGUGUUCCCACAACUACUGCUGCUGGUGAUUGGGCAAGUUCUUGCUGUAGGUGCUGCUCUAGAAACUUGGCAACUCUAAGAGGUCUUCCAAUUGGAAAAGCACCAGCUCACUAGAUAAGGAUCUUCUGCUUUAUACAGCAAUACUUUGAAAAAUGUAAAAUCCAAAUUCCAAAACAUACAUUUAAAAAUGGUCAGAUUAUCAGCUUGAAAUUAUCUCUAAAUUCACUGGAUUUUCACAGACCUGAAGUUAGGUCUCCUAGAAUUUGGAAUAACAGAAGUUCCCAAUUUCUUUUGAGGUUGCUGCAUUAGCUCUUGAGGAGACUAACGUCACCAGGUGAAUCCAGAUCAUGGCCUUUACAAAUAUCUCAUUUUGUGAAGUGGAGUUUCUGUGAGUAUUAUAUAAAAAUUAAAGUUUAUCAGACAUCUAUUGACACUAAAUUACACCAUUCAGUGUGUUUAUUGAGCACUUGUUGUGUGCAGUGCACUUUACUGAAACCUGGAGAGAAUACCUUACAAAAGAGUUGGUAGAUAUAUUUAUAUAUAUGUAUACACACUCACACAUACAUGUUCUACCCCUGUAACUCCUAAAUGGAGUUCCUCUGCAGGGCUUUUAGGCACUCCAACUAAGUGGUAAAGAUCGAUGACAUUUCUUUAGCUCAACUGGAUAUCAUGUAUGAAGGCUCUGGCGCUGAUACUGAUUUCCAACAGAAAGCCCUCGAGGCUGAAAGAAGUGGAACAGGAGUGCCCUAGUGGUUUUGACUUCAGAAAUAACCGCUAAAAACUCUUUGUGAGUGAACAGACCCAAAACUCAUAUUUGUGAAUGAUUCUAACUCAUCGGAAGCAGCAAACUGAAGCAGUAAGACAGCUGAUUCCAGAUCCAAACCAGUUGUAGGUGAGUCUAACUCAGCCAGCCAAAAAAAAGUAGGGCUGGAUGCAUCUGACAUGCACAAACCUAGUUUGUUCUGCCAAAUUUGUUUUUCGCCUUUUCAAUACCUGACAUUCAGUUAUUCUUCUUUUGGUUGCAUGCUGAAGAUCCCUUUGCUGACCCUAAUCUCCACAUUUUCACGGUUUUAGAGGAAUGCUGGGGUGGGCAGGGCUGAGGGCUAUCUCUCUGACAUUAGGUAACUGCUUUGGUGUUGACAAUCCACCUAGGACAUAGGGCCUUUGUUCUGAAUCAAUCAACUGGCUUAAUUAAAUUGUAACUAGGACAGUUGAAGGAUUCAGAGAAUUUUUUCUGGGCAAGUGGGAUCCAAUGUAAGCUCCUCCCAACACUACGCAUACUUCACAUUAUCUCUCAAGUUUUAAUCAAAGGGUUAGUGGUUUUACGGGAGACAAUAAAGGAAUUUUCUGAGUUAAAUAUUGAUAAAUUAUUAAUGAACUGCAGCCUGUUGAAAUCAACAGCAGUAAGUAUCUUUACUAUAUAACAGUAAUGUGUGUAAAGUUAACUUAUCCAGCUAUUCUUCCCAUUUAGCAGCCCCUCCUUUCUGUAAUCAGGCAUCUUUCACAGCUUUUACGUAACACCUUUUGGAAGACAAUAUUUUAGAUAUUGUCCAAGGGAGAAUCUGUUCUGUUUUCAAUUUUAAUGAAGCUUAAAUAGGAAGCUAUGCAGUAUUUUCUACGUUAAAGAAAAACGAUCUCUACCAGUAAAAUCUGGAGAAGAAAGCAUUUCUUCUUUCCCAGUCUGUAGCUUCGUAAACACUAUAAUGCCUGUUUGGAGCUUUCUGGUGUGUGACGAUUAAUUUCAGAGCUAGAGUACCAAGCACCUACAUUAAAUAUUUUAUAUUGUGUGCAGAAUGUUAUAGUGUCUUUUUAAUGACAUACACUGCAUUUACUGCUUUUGCACUCUUGAAAGUUUUGUACUGAAUACUAGAAUACUAUUUAUAAUCUGUACGUGUGGUCAGAUAAGCUUUGAAUAAACAGUAUUUUCACAAUAUUUUUAAAAAAGGAUUUUUCUCUUUCUAUUGGAACAUGAUGUUGAGCAAAACCUGUGUCUAACUUGUAGUCCAAAGAGAA